AGUGGGGCGGGCUCCCAGCUUCCGAGCUUCCCGGCUUCCCGGCGGCGGCGAGGCCCGCGCCGUUGGGCCGCAGCGCGGGGCAGGAUGUUGCGGCGCAGCCUGGAGAGCCGGGACGCGCAGACGAAGCAGCUGCAGGACGCCGUGAGCAACGUGGAGAAGCACUUCGGGGAGCUGUGCCAGAUCUUCGCCGCCUACGUGCGCAAGACGGCGCGGCUGCGCGACAAGGCCGACCUGCUGGUGAACGAGGUCAACGUGUACGCGGCCACCGAGACGCCCCACCUCAAGCAGGGCCUCAAGAGCUUCGCCGACGAGUUCGCCAAGCUGCAGGACUACCGGCAGGCCGAGGUUGAAAGACUUGAAGCCAAAGUUGUUGAACCUCUGAAAGCUUAUGGAACCAUUGUAAAAAUGAAACGAGACGACCUCAAAGCAACAUUAACAGCAAGGGAUCGAGAAGCUAAGCAGUUAACUCAAUUAGAAAGAACACGUCAGCGAAACCCAUCUGAUCGACAUAUUAUUUCACAGGCAGAAACUGAAUUACAAAGAGCUACAAUAGAUGCUACUCGAACAACUCGUCAUUUGGAGGAAACUAUUGACAAUUUUGAAAGACAGAAAAUAAAGGAUAUAAAGAAUAUAUUUUCAGAAUUUAUCACAAUUGAAAUGUUAUUUCAUGGCAAAGCUUUAGAGGUCUACACCACUGCCUUCCAAGAUAUACAGAGGAUCGAUGAAAAAGAAGAUUUAGAGGUAUUCCGAAAUUCUCUGUACCCAGCAGAUUAUUCAUCUCGCUUAGAUAUUGUAAGAGCAAACUCAAAGUCACCUCUUCAAAGAUCGCUCUCAGCUAAAUCUGGAACAGGGCAGGUAACCACUUGUCGGCUAAGAAAGGAUCAACAAGCAGAUGAUGAUGAAGAGGAUGAAGACCUAGAUAUUACAGAAGAUGAAAAUUAAUUUUCAUUUCCAUUUCCAUCUAAAAUUAUUUGGAAUUUGGGAUAAUUGUAAAACUUGAUACUGGCUUGAUACAGUCAAUGCCAAAAUGAAAU